GCUGUGGAGAAAGACCAGCAAUCCAUUGAUCAAGGUGCACAAUCUCGACAAAACACUUUAAAACAGGGAAAUAGGACGUGUGUUUCUCCAUUAAUGUUGAAUCAAUUGGAGAAAAAGGAUCUACUUUGGUGUUGCCCUAGUUCUGGUGGUAAACUAUUUUGGUUCAGCAUUUGCACAGACGCAUCAGUUUUUCACACAGAGCUAAAUUCCCCUGUUUAUGAUUGGAAAGUAUCAGUCAGUUCUCCUUUGAAGUUGGAGAACAGGCUUCCCUGUCCAUUAGAAUUUAAGAUUUGGGAAAGACUGAGAGAUGGCAAAAAUGUAGAACGACAGAAAGGUUUUAUAUCGUCUCGUGGAACUGUACACAUGUACUCUGCUGACAUACGGAAUCCUAUAUAUAUCAUGUUAUUUGUUGAGGAUGGUUGGGUAAUCGAAAAGGACCCUGUUCUUAUUUUGGAUCUAGCAUCUAAUGGUCACGCUUCCUCAUUUUGGAUGGUUCAUCAGCAAAGAAAAAGGUCUGCUGUUCAGUUUAGACUAUUUGUCAAUUAUGUUUGAUUAUCGUUCUUUUGU